GGGGGAGGGAAUUGAUAGUUUUCAAAAUCCACGCCACUGUAUCUGAGUGGACGGCCCGCUACGAGCCUGUGAGCUGGAAGUGCGAAUCAUUAUACUAGGCGACACGUGUGAUUUAUGUCAGAGAGGGCGGCCUUUCCGCGAGGGGCUGCCGUCUUCCGGCAGGCUUGGAUGCCCUUGCCAAGCACUCUCGGCCUGUUUUUGCGCUUCUCCCCUUGCUGGAGUACAAAGGAGAGAGCUCGCAGCUGGUCAAUUCCUUCAAUCCGGAUUACGGGCUACGGGAGAGAGCAGUUCACCCGCGACCGACGACCACAGAAUCUCCAGAUGUGCUCAGGAUAGUUGCUCCUGUCGAACUGCAUCCUUCGCCCGACGUAGC